AUGGCAAGAGGAGACGCCGAGCAGGACCAUAGGGACGGACAAAUCGGAGAAAUAACGGCACUGGCCUCCGUCACAUCCUCGUACCUCUUUGCAAAUAAUUCUUUCACCACCAUCACCACCUCCCUUGCCCAGUCCCCCAACUCUCCGACGCUCCAGACGUUCUUCCGCAAGGAAGCUGUGUUCCGGCUCAAGCUCCUCCACGCCGCCCUCGAGGCUGCUCUGGUGACGCGGGUAGUACCUCCAGCUAUCCCUCAGUCCAGCCAGCGCCUGGGCGAAAACCGCAGGCUGUGUCAAUCUGCCAGUAUGGCUUCCACUUCAGCGGCUGCCGUGCUCCUUGGUAGACAAUUAAAACAGAUGCAGUCGGACAAAGAUAUACCUGGGAUCAGCUGUGGUCUCGUGGACAACAACGUCUUUGAGUGGGAAGUUAUGCUCAUGAUCAACGACGACUGCAAAUACUACGGUGGAGGAUUCUUUCGUGCCCGCCUGUCCUUCCCUCCGGAAUACCCUCUGAUGCCUCCCAAAAUGAAGUUCGAAACCCCCAUUUUCCAUCCUAACGUCUACCCGACCGGGGAAGUCUGUAUCUCCAUCCUGCACCCUCCGGAGGAUGACCAAUACGGAUAUGAAUCUGCAGCGGAGCGAUGGAGUCCCGUACAAAGCCCCGAGACGAUCCUGAUAUCGGUCAUCAGUAUGUUGAGUUCCCCAAACGACGAGUCUCCAGCGAAUGUGGAUGCAGCCAAGAUGUGGAGGGAAGAUCCCAAAGGUUUCCGAAGAAAGUGUCAGCGGCUCGUCAGGGAAAGCUUAGGUGACGACUAA